AUGCCUGAAUUAUAUCUCCCCCCCAAGGAAAUAUCUUUCCGUCUCAAGAGCUCGGUCACCAAUUACGUCUUGUAUUCUCGAGACAAGAAUGACCCUACGUUCUAUCACUACGGAGGAGGCGUUGCUGAUGAUCAGUGGUGGCAGCUUGUACCAGGAACCGGAACAUACAACGGCUACUACCUGAUCAAGAGUAAAUACACCGGCAAAGUAAUCUUCUCCAGGGCGUCCCCUGACCCCAGGGUCGGCCACAUUGGUGGAGACGGGAUGUAUGCGGAUAACUAUUUCAAAUUUGAAGAAGGCUCCGGCAAACACAAGGGCCAGUUCCGCGUUCGCAACUAUUCUUCAGACAUGGUCCUCUUCUCGCGAGAGUCCCAAAGCCCAUAUUUGGGAAACUACAGCGGCACGGCUGGCGUAUAUGACGACCAAUACUGGUUUUUCCAUUUCGAGGACAUGACUCUUAACCGAGUUGAAUAUAAGCUGGACCAAGGACAGAUUAUUGCCUCUAAUACCGAGACCAUUGGAACGGAAUCGGUCACCAAUGGUUCAGACAUCAACCAAACCGUCGAAUUCGAGCUUUCCGAUACAAAGUCCACCUCCACCAACUUCGAACACAGUCAUGGCUUCACAGUGGGUGUGGAGGUGUCUGGGAAAGUUGAGAUCCCAUUCGUCGCCGAAGGUGAGCUCAAAGUCUCUGCCUCUACUACCCAUACCUGGACAUGGGGUAAGACAGAAACCGAGAGCAAGACCUUCACAUCCAAAUUCUCUGCUGCAGCCCCGCCUCACAAGAAGGUUACUGCGACGGCUAGCAUCACUAGAGCCACAGUCGAAGUGCCGUACACCAUGUAUUGGAGAUCUGUUGCCACAGGGAACGAGGUUUCUAGUUCCGGCACAUACCGCGGCGUUACCUUUUGGAAUCUUAGCAGUGUUGUCAAGCAAACGGACAUUUAG